UACACUCACCAGACCGCAAAGCACGUGUGGGGAACAUAUAUUCCUCUUCCGCCGCGGCCCCGCCGCCGCCGCCGCCGCUCAUCUCCUGCCGGCGGGUGUCAAAAUCUGGGGUUUGGUGUCACUCCUGCUUGCAUAUUGGAACCAUCUUGAUUCGACUUUUCGAAACAUCUUAGGUCUUGAAAUGGAUUUCACAUUGAAAGGCAAAUCUUGGGCUGGCAACAUAUACCACCGGUUCGAGUCUAUUUGUCAUGAUGUUGAUGAUUUAAUCAGUAAGCCUAUUGGACACGACACCGUGAAAUUCGUUGAGAACCAGGUGCAAAGAUUUUACUCUAAUGCCGCACAAGAUAUUACUCCACCUUCUGGGGACACUGUGAAAUCCAAAUCACAAUCUAUGGACUGCCAACAAUUUGAAAUUCCAGAUUAUGCAAGUUCAGUUCUAGACUUCAGGGCGGAGCCGGUCUGUGUUAAAGAAAACCACUUAUCUGCAUACAAAAAGUGUAGUGAUACUACAAGAAAUUCGGAUGCACAACUACAAAAUGAACUUGGCCAAGGAAUGCAAUCUACCGGGAACCCGUCUACAGAUGAAUCCCAAGAAGAGGAAAGUAAUCCGCAGUUUAGAGAAGAUGGCAAUGACAUAGAUCCACAUGAUGAUAACACUAAGAAUUCAAUGCAGCUAACUGCUAGAUCAAGUUCUAGUAAGGGUAUAUGUGCUGAAAUAUCUGAUGAUGGUCGUACCAAUUCUUCAUGGGUAUCAGAUUCUCUGCCUGUUCCUUCUUCUCAUGAAAUACAAACAUCUGGUGAAGAUCUCAAGGUUUCCAAUCUCAACAUGGAUUAUUUUCCCGAGCUUGAAACUUUAAAGAAAGAAACUAUCACUUGCCAUAGCUCUUCUGAUGACAUUGGAUCUCCAUCUAAUGUUUCUGUUGGUGUCUGUGGAUCCACACCAGAUUCGCCGACUCGUUCCUCUGUUUCUGAUGAUAAUAGAAGUGGAUCUGCACCUUCAGAAACUUCAGCUGUUGAGUUUAAUGAACUCGAACUCCUGACAAUGGAUUCACCUCUGCCUUCCACUAGCAAUGCAGCUGACAGAUCAUUGGGAUCAGAUGGGACUCUGUUCUCCCAGAGCUUUUCAACUAAAGAUGAGAACUUUGAGUCAUCGAGCUCCAUCCAAUCAUCCAACCCCAUGAAGUCCCGUGAUUGUUUGAGAUCUAAAUCUGCAGACUCUAUGAUAAAUGUCAAAGAUACCGAACACUUCCAUCAAGAGUUUCACCCCUGUGCUUACAAUAGCUCAACUCCCUUGGAAGGUGUGGCUGAUGAUACCAGGGCCGUGGAUGCAUUUCCCACUCUUUUUAUCUCGGAGUUAAAUGAGAAAAAUGCUUCCCGGAUCAAUGCAUCAAAGCUGGAAGCUGGUUUGUCUGAAAUCAGACACAAGCAGCAGCCCCAAAAUGGCGACUCAAAAAUUUUGAUGCUAUCCUCUAAAAUUGAAAAAAAUGUUUCCUGGAUUAAUACAUCAAAGCUGGAAGUUGGUUCGUCUGAAAGCAGACACAAGCAACAGCCCCAAAACGGUGACUCAAAGCUAUUGAUGCCUUCCUCAAAUAUUGGGAGCCAAUAUGUAUUUGGCAUCGAUGAUCUCAACAUGGAAAGCAUCGAUCUUACCUCAAACACCAAGUGCUGUGAACAAAAAGCCAUCUUCAAUCCUAUCCUUACUACCCAAUUCAUCUCCCAUAGAAGAAAAGGCUUCAGAUAUUAUAAGAAUUUAAUACAGGACGCCCUCACUUACCAUAAGAGAGUAUCCAAUGAAUACAAGCACUUGUCCAUACUGUACGAGGACAUUGACAAUGAGUCAAGCUUACAGUUCGACCCAUGCCCCGUGUCCUCUUCUCCCGGCAUACAUCUCCACGCCAUCGGGACACAGCCAUCUCAGGAAACGCCCGAUCCCGACUGGGAACUAAUCUAACGGGUACGUUUUGAAAAUCAUUGUAUAUUUAUUUAUUUAUUUUUGCCUACAUAUAGUUGGUAUUUAGAGCUCAAUUUGGUGACGAGCAUAAUUUUUUCGAAGAAUGCUAUUGAUGAAACUCAAGAAAGUUUAUAUGCACGACUUGAUUGAGAUACAUAUUUGAAAUAUUUGCUUGAUUAAUAUUUGUCUAAAAAGUUUUGAUUUUU